AUGCCUUCGGUCAAGCAGACCCUCGUCCUCCUGCCACUCUUAGGCCUGGCCGCCGCGGCGCCGACCAGUCUUCCCCGCGAUCUGGGCAACGCAGGAGGGUGUUACGACCAGACAGUUGGGCCGGUACCAGGGAGGCCAGGUGGGGUCACACCCCUCCUGACGACACCCGCCCAGAGAAAUCACCGACCGGCAGAAAGAGGAUUACAUAAGAAGGAAUCACGUGACCUCACAGGGUCCGAUCCAGAACCGGUACUCGACUGGGUCGUUCAGUACGAUGCCGACACACCCAACGGUGCCAUUGGGCGCCGCUCGCCUCAAGACCCGCAGGGGGGCACCUUGACAAGAGGAUCCGGAAUGGUCGCAGAAGGCGCCGGGAGUGCCCUGGGUUUCCUCAGUGAUACCAGUGUAAAGUUUGUGAAGACUGCCCCUUCCAUAUGGGAUAGGUUUUGGUCCGCCUUGAGGGGCAAAAAGGCAGAAAAUAACCCGCCUAGCGCUCCCGUCGGCCCUGCGGGCACGCUCAGCAAGCGACGGGUUUCGGUCGCUCCUCAGCAAGGGGGCUACAAUGAGAUGCAAACUACCGUGCCCGUCAGUCCCGUGGCCAAACCAAAGCCGCAGAAUGCACUUGUGGCCGGCUUCAACGACCUUAGCACGAACAAGGCCGAGGUCAAGCAGAAGAAUGCAGCUACCGACCUGCUCAAGGUGCAGAGCGAGCACGCUAGGCAGGGGAUAGAGGAGGCAAAAUUCAAGCUCCAGCAAGACAAGGCGGCGGAAAAGAGGAAGCAGAAAGAAUGGGAGGCAAUAAACACUCCGAUGGGCGCGCUCCGAAACAAAGUCACUGGCUUCAUUCAGGGGUCUGGAGCCAAGACGGCAAACAUCAAGUCACCCUUGGCCUCUCAAGGUGGCCUUGGUGCAGCUGCGCCUGCCCUGGCUGCACCUGCCAUGGCUGCACCUGCCGUGGCUGCACCUGCCGUGGCUGCGCCUGGUUCAGUUGCCCCUGGUUCAGUUGCUCCUGCUUCAGUUGCGCCCGUCACAGGCAUGCCUCCUACUCGACAAAACGCUGUGACUGCGGGUCCUACGGGUGGUGCCCCUUUCCCUGAUGAGAUUGACAACUUUGCCUAGUGACGGUUUAGCUGUUUCGAAGACUAUGUAAUGCACGAGGUCAGUAUGGUGUUGUUGGAGUCAUGGUUGGGAUUUUGGUUUGGUUUAUCUGGGACACAAUAGGCA